AUGGCGCAAACAGCUCCAUCUUCCGCGCCCGCAACGGGCCUCGCCCACCGAAAGUUCCAUGGCUGCUCUAGUAUCCGCGAAUAUGAGAUCAUGGGCAAGCUCGGUGAGGGCACUUUUGGUGAAGUUCACAAGGCACGAUCACGCCGCACUGGAACCAUCUUUGCCCUCAAGAAGAUCCUCAUGCACAAUGAAAAGGACGGCUUUCCCAUAACUGCGCUUCGCGAGAUCAAGUUGCUGAAGCUGCUCUGCCACCCAAACGUCCUCAAGUUGGAAGAAAUGGCUGUUGAACGGACGAGGGGCGAAGGAAGGAAACGCGCGAUUCUGUACAUGGUCACCCCUUACAUGGACCACGAUCUCUCCGGCCUCCUUGACAACCCCGACGUCCGCAUGACCGAGCCUCAGAUCAAAUGCUACAUGCUACAACUAUUGGAGGGGCUGAGGUAUCUGCAUGAUAACCAUAUCUUGCAUCGUGAUAUGAAGGCUGCCAAUUUGUUGAUUAACAACAAGGGCAUCCUGCAAAUCGCAGAUUUCGGUCUCGCUCGUCAUUACGAUGAACCGGUACCCAAGCCUGGAAAAGGCGGUGGGGAGGCCCAGAGAGACUAUACUGCGCUUGUCGUCACUCGCUGGUAUCGUCCUCCGGAACUGCUACUCAACCUUCGUCGGUACACCACUGCGAUCGACAUGUGGGGUGCAGGCUGUGUUUUCGGUGAAAUGUUCAAACGAAAGCCCAUUCUCGCUGGAAACAGCGACCUCAACCAAACUCAGAUCAUCUUCGAUUUGGUCGGCUCUCCCACAGAGGACAACAUGCCAGGAUGGAGCCAAUUGCCCGGUUGCGACGGAGUGAAACAAUUUGCCCCGCGAAGGGGCAACCUUCCUCAUGUUUUCCGAGAGCAAGGAUCCUUGGCGAUUUCGCUUCUGCAAGAACUUCUCAAAUUGGAUUGGAGGAAGCGGAUCAAUGCGAUCGACGCCCUUCAGCACCCGUAUUUCAAGGAACACCCGAAGCCUGCACGACCUGAAGAUCUCCCGCGCUUUGCAGAUUCGCACGAACUAGACCGCCGCACUGCUCGUGGCAAACAACAAGCCCUCCCGCCUGCGCCUGCGGGUGGCACCGUCGGCAUGGGCCCUCACCCGAACGGCGAUUGGCCCGGCGGCCCGCCACCACAUGGAGGAUACAUGAACGGAGACCGCUAUCCGCGUGACCGAGGACCACCGGCCUACCUUAUGCCGGCCCACCAGGCUCGCGCCUUCCUCCGCCGCCUCCUGAAGGUAGCAGACACCCGCUGCCACACCCACCCACGAACAGAGCCUACGUCACUGGUGGGGCUCGCCCACCUAGACCGCCGCCAAACGUCGACACGUACAUACCAAGCUACUCCGACGGUGGUCGGCGUGGCUCAAACGACAGAGACAGAGAUGACCGCAGUUCUCGAGACAGGAGUAGACCCCCAUCAAGAGAUGACCGAAGAGGAUAUCGGGACAGACGUCCCCGUGACGAUGAUGCGCUUGAUUACGAUGAAGGAGGACGGCGUCGGACGCGCAGCAGAAGCCCUGGAAGCGAUGCUUACGAUCGCCGCGAUCGCGACAGGGAUCGCGACCGGAGAGAGCGAGAAAGGGAUAUUUACAGGCGAUGAAUUUCCAGCGGGUGUUGUUCAAACUGGCAUUUCGGGGUUAUCGGAGUCGCACGACAUGGCGCUAGGACAACACGUCCCGACGGGCGUUGAUGAUUUCAUAUUCUUCAGGUCGGAUGCAUAG